UCGGAAAGGGCAGUUUUCCAGUCUAUAUCAUGCUUUCCAUCGUUGGGGAAGUUCAAACAGAGCGUCUUUGGUAGCGUGUUAUACUGCUCAGUCAACACUGCAAAUAAAGCAAAUUUUCUUCCGUCGUCUUGCGAAUAAUAAAAAUUCAAAAUGUUAAGUCCGAAGAUGCAAAGAACGAUACGGCUCAACGAAAAUCAGCUUCUAAUGCUAUCGGAACGAGCUAAUUUCGAUCACUCACAAGCUGGCUACCUACACAAGAAAUCCGGGGACAGUACAAAAUGGCAAAUGCGGUGGUUUGUUUUGUACCAGAAUAUGCUCUUCUACUACGAUACCGAACAUUGUCACAGGCCUUCGGGAAUUCUACUUUUGGAGGGUUGCUACUGCGAGAGACUUAUUACUCCGGAAAGUGUGUCCAAGUCCAAAGAUAAAUUCGACAAACAGCACUGUUUCGCAAUCUCCUACAGAAAAGAAAAUAUCAGGCAAUAUGAACUAUGCGCAUCCAGCGAGAUGGAUUGUAAGAAUUGGAUAGAAGCUAUAAGGGAUGCAAGCUUCAACAAAUUGCUUCUACAAAGGGAGGAACUAGAGCAGAAACAUUUACACCUGUUGCAGAUUGUUGAAUCGGAGAAAACUGCCAAAUGGCAGUAUACACAGCAAUGCGAGGAGUUGGCAGCAGAAAUUAAGAAGCUCAGAGCUGAGUUGUUCGCUUUAAAGAGGGAAUGGAGAACGAAUCAAUCAACAUGCAGCUUGCAUUCGUGCCAAGGCACUUCAACUUCGAGCGGUUUAUGCGGACAAUUUGCGAGCUUAGAUCAAGAUUCGACCGAAUUAAGGAAAAUAAAAAAAGUGCAAAGCUUUUUCCGCGGCUGGCUCUGCAGGCGUAGAUGGAAACAAAUAGUUGAACAGUAUAUCAAAAGUCCUCACGCGGAAAGUAUGAGAAAACGAAACAGUUUAGUAUUCCGGAUGGUCGAAGCUGAGGAAGAAUACAUGGAACAAAUGGAAGUACUCGUUACUUGUUUCCUCAGGCCAUUCAAAAUGGCGGCUUCGUCUAAAAAGCCGCCGUGCACCCAUGAAGAUGUUAAUUCGAUUUUCCUAAAUAGCGAGACAGUGUUAUUUCUACAUCAGAUAUUUCUAAAAGGGCUUACUUCGAGACUAGAAAGUUGGCCUACAUUAGUGUUAGGAGAUUUAUUUUCGAUGCUGCUUCCGAUGUUGAGUAUUUACCAAGAAUACGUAAGGAAUCAUCACUAUUCCCUUCAGGUUUUAACCGAGUGUAAGCAGUCUCAAGCGUUCUCAGCGAUGCUGAAAAGAUUAGAAACUAAACCUGCGUGUAGUGGCCGAUCGUUGGAAACUUUUUUAACUUACCCCAUGCAUCAGGUACCCAGGUAUAUUAUCACCUUACAUGAACUGCUUGCGCACACACCUCACGAUCACGUCGAAAGAAAAUGUUUGCAGAAUUCCAGGAGACAAUUGGAAGAUUUAUCGAGGCAGAUGCACGACGAAGUAUCGGAAACUGAAAAUCUACGGAAAAACUUAGCGGUGGAAAGAAUGAUAGUCGAAGGAUGCGACAUACUGCUAGACGUAAAUCAAGUUUUUGUGAGACAAGGUAGUUUGAUACAAUUGCCCACGAAGAAACCCAAAGGCUCAAAAUCGAAGCUUGGAUUUAAAACAGAAAAGGAAGUCGUCAGGCAGUGUUUCCUUUUCUCUAACCACUUAAUAAUAGCUACGAGAUCGUCGAGCGGAAAACUCCACUUGGUUCCAGACAUUGGAAAAAUUGCUCUGGCAGAUGCGUUGUUGAUUGAGGACCCAUCGGAAGGAGGGGAUGAUGAAGAAUCAGUGGCAUCAGUUUCGAGUCAAUCCUCACAAGCGAGCGACUCGUCUCCAACAGCGUUGCAUAACCGCGAUUUUAAAAUAAUUGUGGAAAACAAAACAACCUUGCAGCCCACGCAGAUGUGCGUUCAUCUGGCGGCAGCAACGAUCCAAGAAAAAGCGGCAUGGAUUUCGGAUAUAAGUCAAAGUUUAGACAACGUCCAGUUUAACGAUUUGAUAAGACCUCAAAUGACAGAUAGUAGCUCGAUAAGUUUACCCCAUUCGAUAAAAAACGAUCCAAAGUUAUUUAAGGACGAAGCCGAUAUUAGAUUUUGCAGAACGCUAAACUCUUGCAAAGUCCCUCAAAUACGAUAUGCCACUCCCGAAAGACUUCUUCAACGCUUAACCGAUCUGAGAUUCUUGUCGAUAGAUUUUUUGAAUACGUUCCUUCUAACGUAUAGAGUAUUUACCGACGGAGUGGUCGUACUUGAAGGCUUGAAAAAAGUUUUUUAUAGUACAAACGUGGACCACGAAAGACAAGGUUCUGUGAUUUCUUUGGAAGGAUAUCAACCCAAGGACGAAAAUACUCUUCAACUGUUCGAUGAUAGUAGGAGGAGAAGUAGUUUGUUUACACCUAGAAGAACUAGUGGUGCUAGCUCCGUUUCAGGUUAUGGUUCUGAAGCCAGCGAGAGAGAUAGAUCACUUAGUUAUGAUUCCCAAGGUCACAGACAAUGGAAAGCGUCAUUACCAAAAUAUGACGAAGAAAUGCAAGAGACGGAAAAAACCAAGUCUCAAGCAAGCCCAACGCAACCGGGACCGGUAACUAAAAAAACAAUCGCAAUUAGAGUCGAAACUGCAGACGAUACGCAAGCAGAAGGUGGCUCAAACCAUCUUAGUAUUCCUAAAGUGCAUACAUCUAGUAGCAGCGAAACUCUAACAGACGUAACAGUAUUGAGCGCUGCAGGGUCAAAUGUUAGUUCAACCACUUUGGUUGCUUCAUCCCCAUCGCCAUCUGAUGUGGGUUCCGAUACGGCAACAACUUCAGCAGCUACAAAAUCUCCACCGAAAACGAUACUCAAAGAAACGGAACUGAAACCGGAAGACAGAAAAAAACCAGAAGAAAAGAAGCGAUCGUCUUUUGACGCAAGCGCCACAAAACCGAGGGAAGAAAAGAAGAAAAGCGACGAUAAGAAGAGAGUUAUCAAACGGGGAACUUCUCCGGCUUCGGAAAGGAAACAUAAAAUCCAAACCAAAAGAAGCGUCUCGGUUGAAAGUGAGGAGCCGGUUGAAGAAAAACCCGCUUAUCCUUACAGUCAUAUACAUAGAUCUUCUUGCGGAUCUUCUAGAUCGGCAAGUAUAUCUACUUCGACCACUAGCGGCGUCUUACAAUACUUUUUCCAGAGCUACUACAGCGCGCGGCGAUCAAUGCAAGAUGGCGAAUCUUCCCUCACGCGGUCCAGCUUCCAGCACGACUCCCCGCACAAAAUCAGCAAAGUGGGUGUUGUUAUCACAUCAUUCAGGCAAUCUAAACGAAGAAGUAGCACAUCGACUUCCGCAACGGCAUUUGCUAUAGCUACUUCAGGCUCUAGUAAUCCUCGAGAUAUUACUAAUUUACACGAAGUUAGAGAUGAACAAGCGGAGAGAGCUAGGCACAAAGAAAGUGUCAUGUCUACUGCUGCGACGAUGAGAGUGCUCAACGUUUUGAGGCAUUGGAUAUCUAAGCACAGUCAGGAUUUUGAAAACGACUUGCGUCUAAAAGCCUUGACGAUUGAAUUCUUGGAGGAUAUCGUAUACAGUCCUAAUUUGUUGCCCGCCGAACACAAAGCGGCUGCUCAACUUCUUCGACUUCUAACUAAAGAAGAAGUGGAGAAUCCCAGAUUGGACCUUCAGAAGCUUCUUCUGCCACCUGCUCUACCGAGUCAGGAAAAUAUCGAAACUUUAUCGGCUUUGGAAAUUGCAGAACAACUUACUUUUAUAGAGCAUCACAUUUUUGUUUCUAUAGCCAGCGAAGAAUUUCUGGGGCAAGCUUGGAUGAAAGGGGAUAAGGAAAAGAAAGCCCCUCAUAUACUAAUGAUGACUAAACGUUUCAACGACGUGUCUAGAUUGGUGACUUCUGAAAUUCUCAGACGUUCUUCCUUGACAUCUAGAGUAGCUACAAUUGAGAAAUGGGCGGCCGUCGCCGAUAUUGCCCGAUGCUUGCACAAUUUCAAUGGUGUAUUGGAAAUAUGUUCCGCGUUCACAAACACUUCAAUUUUUCGUUUAAAGAAAACAUGGGAAAAAGUGUCGAAAACUACUAAGCAGACUAUAGAAAAGUUGCAAAAUAUCGUUUCAUCGGACGGAAGAUUUAGAUCGCUUAGGGAUGCUUUACAUCGAUGCGAUCCACCCUGCAUACCGUAUUUGGGCAUGUACCUGACGGAUUUGUCGUUCAUAGAAGAGGGGACCCCUAAUUUUACGGACGAAGGACUAUUAAAUUUUUCAAAGAUGAGGAUGAUUGCCCACGUAAUCAGGGAAAUACGACAUUUCCAGCAGACAGCGUAUAAAAUCGAUUUGAUAACCAGAGUGUCCAACUAUUUGUUAGACACUUCCCUGCUAAUGGACGACGAAGAGUUAUAUGGCAUAUCUCUACAAUUAGAACCUCGAUCUGCACGGCUUGUCACUCAGUCAAGUCUUAGCAAAUGUUAAAUUACUUUCGACAGCAAUUAUAAUUACAACAAGCUUUGUUGGAUGGAUAGUUUCAUAGUAAGAGAAGUUGCUUGAAUUCCUUCGCAACAACAAAAAGUUGGCAAUCGGUAUCUGAGAAUGCAGAUAAAAUAAUUCUGAUACCGAAUACAGAUGAAUUUGACAAAUUAGUUACAUAUGAAGCAGAAUGUUGUUGAAUGUUGUUCCUUGUAUAUUUCUGCAUUUAAAUGUGUCUUGAAAUUUGGUAGAUGUACAUAAAAGACUUUCAAAUUUUAACGAACUAUCUCUUCUACCUAGUGAGAAAUAAAUAUUCUUAAUCAUUCGACAAUGUAUAUAAGUACAUAUUUCUGUAUAUUUCAUACAAGGAUAAUGUGUAGCAAUUCUAAAUAACCUCAAGAAAAAUAUAUCUGAUUUUUCAAACAGAUCACCAGGCCUAAAAUGAGGUGAAUAGAAGUUAUUAUUUUAAAAUACUUAUUAAGUGUCGUAUAUUUCAACUUUUAAAACGUAAUUUUUAAAUUUGGGCUCACUUCUUAACCUUUAAACAUGAAAGUAAUUAUAUAGUAAUAUCUAGACAUACUCUAUAUGGAUUUCUCUGCACCAAUUAUUAAACAAUCAUUAACCAAAUAAAAAACAAAACUAUUUUAAUGUGAUUACUUAAAUAAAUAAAACACGUAGGAAAUUGUACGUUUUCGCGCCACUUUAACAUAUGCAUAUUAAAAAAAAUAUGUGUUAAUAAGAGAAAGUAUAACAGUUUAGAAUAAGUCUUUGUAUAUAUAUUAUAAAAAUACGUCAAUUAUCUGUGAUUGAUUUUAACAUUCAACAACUGCUACACGUUACGUCAUAUCAGAAAAUGUUAAAAAUUGCAUGUUCACAAAUAUAUUCAACAAAUUUUUGCUCUAUAUAUGUGUAUAUAAAUGGGUUUAUUUCGAUGUUGCAGAAACUACUGAAAAACAACAACUCUUAUGAACCUGUGCCAAAAUUUAAUUUACAUAUUUCAAUAAUUACUUUGAAAAUUGUGCCAAAGAACCAAAUGUUAUAUCCUUUCCCACAAUAAACUUUAAAAGAACGUACCAAAAAAAAAAACAAAAUUAACGUUUGUGAUAUUUGUCAAAAACGCAAGUUUGAAAUGCAAUUUAGGGUUGUUAUUACGCAUCAAAUGAAUAUUAUAUUGUUAAUUUUAAAAUAUGUCUUCUAUUUUUGUCUCGUGAAAAAUAUAAUACAAGUUCGGUAAUAUAAUAAUUUAAUAAAAAGCACGUAAGUCCCUCCAAGAAGCACACAGUUCGGUGAUAUUAAGCACGAAAAUAUUUUUUUAACUACCUAUCUCAAUUUGACAUUACCAAUUCAAUUUAUGUUGGCUCUUUAUAACAAUUUGAAAAACUUCACGAUGACACAGAAAUGCUUGAACUGCACUGAAAAAAAAAAGUUUUAUUCCUCGUAGAUGUGGAGAAAAUGAUCGAUAAAACUAUAUCUACGUGUAAUAUUCAUUAGUUAUUAUUUAUUAUCUUUGUAUUUUGGUCAAAAACCUACAUUCUUCUCCAAAGUAAAAACGUUUGGGAAGUUCCGCUACUAGAAGUACCUUUUUUAAACGUUGAAUGUUGUGUACAACAACUUUGACGUAUUGAUACAAUGUUCAGUGUUUUGAGCUUAUUAUAAGUGGAUUUAACUUUAAUGUCUCAAUGUUGAUUAUAAUAACCGUAUUAACUACGUGUACGUAGUCCGUCUGCUCAAAAUUUCAAUGUGCUUAAUUAAUGUUCCUUGAAAUGUUAAUUAUUUCCUCAAAUUUAAAACGCAAAAUCGUUUUACAUAGUCAUUAUAGUAAACCAAAAAAACAAAAUUUCUCAAGAAAUAUGGGUCUCAUUAAUAUUUCUUAUAUAUAAUAAAAUUGUUUUGUUUUUCCGUCCAGAGACGAACAACUUACAUACCCAAAAAUUUUGAUCUUCUUGUGUACAGAAAUGUUAAAUUAAUUUUAGGAAAUACAUGACACUGUUGCAAAAACUGGUUUGGGAAACUGGAUAACCCAGUCAUAACACUGUCAAACUAUAGGAAACAAAUAAUUCACGUUUGAAUGAAACUGAGGUUGUUGUGACAGUGUUCAUGUACCAUAUGGAUUGUUAAAGAGUACAUUACUAUUUAGAAAAUUUAUCGUCUAAGACAAUAUGUACACAUAUCUUUUUAUAGUGUUCCCCACAAAUUUUUAAUAUAACUCUCAUUA